UCAAGGUUCCUUCUCCCUAGCUAAACAAGCUGAGGAACGACCGAACUAACGGACGAGUGGUGGCAAGCACCGCUGGGUGUCGUGCUCCGUUUGGCAAGGACCGAGGACCGCUGAGGGCCGUCAACCAGGAGCGGGUAGCCCAGCACGCGCUACCCCGCGGCCAGAGAAGCGAGCCCCGCAGACCCCCAGCCCUGGUUUUUGCUUAGGCCCCUUUUGCUGGCGCUGCUAUCACCAGGAGAACCGCCUGUGCUCUGCUGUGCCUGCUUUACGUGGCCUGCUUCUGCGGCUGGCUUCGGUGGCGGCCACGCCACCCCCUCUUCAACUGCCACCCAACUACUAGUCAAGGUCUCCGCCUUGCCUCGUCCUAUGUUCCUCAACCUUCCAGUUCUUGAUCCACGGAUCCCUUGUGCCUGGCUGCUAGCUGGCAGGCUCUUUGUUCCAGCGGGUAAGCUAUCCUAGCUGGCGUUUUCCCUCUGUGCCACGGCUGGCGCACCUCCUGCGGCAGCUGCCACCAUAAUUUCUUCCUGUCUGAGAGAGCGGCUGUGAGCGACUCGUUCGGUCGUCCUACCGUUCCAUCUCGACACGAAGAAACUAUGCUGGCGGGGGUGUCGGACUCACACAACAAAGAUGGCCGCCGCCCUGGUAGUCCGCGCUACGGGCCCUGCUGCUGCAACUACCACCAUCGCCAAUUCUUGUGCUGCUGCUUCUCGUCGUCGAGCAAUUUCGGCCGAACGACGAUGGCAAUGUCUAUGAUCUUCGGCCUCAUGGUUGCCGCUCGUGGAGCUGCCGCUGCUGUUACUUCUACUAUCACAGGUGCUGCCGCCAUCUGAUCGUUAUUUUUGAUCGUGGACGACUAAGGGUUUGAGGCGAUCGCCUCUGUCAUUUGGUCGUGGUUCAUGCUGCCCACUGCUGCGGCGUUGUUGUGUGUUCGGUUCUUUCGGGGGCGAUCAUCAGUCUGGCAGCCCAAUCUUUGGACAGAGUUCGUCGUCAGAUAAAGCGGUCCCGUUCUGAGCUGUGACGCUGGUCGGCAAUAAGGAAGCGGAAAACUGGUUGGUUUGUUCGGCUAUGAGUUGCGUGACUAGUUUUUUAAUUCAUUAGUUGGCUGGUUCCCCUCAGCCGCUCUUGCAUGGGUGUAUAGCAUCCUGUGGUGCUCCACCGUGCCUCGCUGUCAGUGAUACCCGUUACCCGUCGCUGUCUGUCUGUGAGGGAUGCCCGUGCGUCCAUUUGCCCCCUUCCUUUUCCGUCUAUGGCUAGCUAAAUGUUGUCUUGCUUGAAGCCAUAACCAGUACUAAAUGGUGUUGUAGCGUAAUGAAACGCCUCAUUCUACCAGCAGCUCUUCAUCGCAGUUUCGUUGCAACAGGCAUUAACAACAAAUCGGUGAGUUAUCCAUUUCUUCCAAGUGGCCUCUAGGAAAAGAACGAAUCGUGAAUAUUUUGUGGCCGUUUUGCCAGGCGCUGUGCCUGCUGCUGCGUCUUUGUCAGAACCUGCCUCGACGUUCCCUAAUGCUCCAAAUCGUCACACACCCGGCCACCAAUCAUUGCCGUUCCGGUUUGUUCCGAAUAGUCGUGAUAGACUUUCCUUCUCGCCAUUGCUGUACAUGAAAACUCAGUGUGUGUAGUGACAAUAGCAGCGCUAAGAAUGAUUCGUAAACAAAGACAGCAAACGCAAGAAAAUAGAAAGAAUCGUACGAAUAACAGUCAGUGGCGUUGGUAACGGUAUGCGUUCUUUGAAUCAUUCAUCAAAGAAUUGAGCUGCAGUAAGAAGGGGUCGUGUCUUCCACUUGUGCCUCGGUGGUGGCUCAUUCAUCUAUGCUGCUAGAAAAGCCCUUUCGCGAGUGAAAAUAAAGCCUUCAACCGUGAGUGAGACUUAUAUUUGAAACUUAUGAAGGAUCGGAUCGUUGCGCGGAAUCAAAAAUAGUAUUGAGAGUCAAACUAUUUCCCCUCUUCUGUCCCUCUACACCCCUUCUCGGAGGGUGACAAAGACAAACUAUAAGUCUUGUUUUCGCGAGUACAAACGAGACACGACAAAACAAAAGGAAAGAGACAAGAAAGAUAGGUUAAAACUCAAGUCGAGGUUAAGUCCGUCAAAACCGCACCUGAAUCUGGUCGCCUGAAUUUAGCAGUGAGAACCGUCAAGGUGCUGCUAUUUCAUCAGCGGCCGCCGUGCGCUACGCGCUGCAAUGGUGACGACGGUGCUAUUAUCGGGCCGUCGAACGGCAUCGCCGCUUGGAACACUCUCGGCGCUCUGUUCAUUAGCUGCACGUCGCAAGGCGCCUAGAGGCGCUCUUCUGCGCGUACACGGCUCCACAAGCGCUAACUCUUCCAACUCGGCGGCAUCAACGUCGUACGCCCCUGGGGCGACAGCUCCAUCAGAACGAGCGAUAGGAGUCAUAAACAGGAACACUUCGAGCAAUACGUCAUGCACUGGCGCCGUUAACAAUUCUGCUGCCUCCGCCGGAGUCGCGGGAGCAGCUUGGAACAGCAGUAGCAGUAGGCUAGGCCUAUUCACCACGGCUCUCGCACCCGGCCUCGCGUUCGGAGUUCUUGCCAUCGUCGCGGGCGCGUUCCAUGCGAUACCAGAGGGAGCUCUCGUGCCAUCACUACUUGUCGGAGCUGUUGCGGCACUUCUGUCAGGUUUCUGCUACUCGGAACUUGUAACUCAUGUGACAAAUCCACAGCGGGAGACAUGUCUCUAUCAGUUGUUAUAUCAGUGUGUGGGCGAGUUCCCGGCAUUUUCAGCUGGUUGGGCCGCUUUACUUCAUCGUCUCUGCGCCGUGGCACUUUGUUGUCGUCUCCUGGCGCCUUGCCUCGAUCAGCUAGGUGACCACAGUGUAAGCAAUGAAAUAUCCAACCCAAUCGCCAGCGGUGGGUUCGUCGCAGCAUUGCUCGUUAUACCGUGCGCUUUGCUGGUGACGAUCUGGUUUCAUUUGGCGGACAUUGCCCGCGCGCGAGCUUGGCUUAGUGGAUUGCUUCUCGGGGCAGCAGCAUUUGCGGAAGGCGUAUAUCUCCUUGCAGCGGGCCUCUUGUGGCAUUCACCGGUGCAACCGAUCCCGCCUCCGGGGGGUCGAUUGGGGGCGAGUCUCGCGUCAAAUUUGUUCGGCGGUUCGAACUCACAGCACGAGUCAACUGGGCUAAUGACAGGCGCUGCCUUGUGCGUCUCAAUCUUCCUUGCUCCCCAAUUUUCUGUACAGGGGUUCCCCUUAGCACCCGUCUCACCACGACAGAACGGCGCGCCAUCUCCACAAAUUCGUCCUGCGCGGGACCUGCCUUGUGUCGCUGUAUUAUCGACUUUUCUCAACUUUUUGUUCGCGUUCGCACUCAUCGCCGUAAUGUGCGCGCUUCGUCAACGCUCGGUCGACGUGCCGGGAGUUCUAGCAUCGGGUCUCGAAACCAUCGCAUUAUCAAAUAGCGGCACUGACCCGUUAGCCGUAGUUCGCCUUGCCGUCAGUGUAUUUCGACGACACGCUGCCUACGCCAAUCUAGCGAUUACAGCUCUUUCUGCGUUUGGUUUGACGCUGUUAGCUCUGCUCAAUAUGGCCGACCUCAGUGCGGUAAUUUUAUCGUUCGCGGACGACGGACUUUUGCCAAGUCCCAGUGGGCGCCUCAAGGGACUGCCGCUUGCUGCGGCGUUGGCGGCCGUUGGCGCUAUCUUGUUGCGGCCAGCUCAACUAGCAACUGCGAUGGCCGCAGGUCCACUACUGCUCAACGCUAUCAUUUGUAUCUGCGUUCUGGCCAUGCGCAGCUGCACCCGCCGCAACGAAGAUCAGCGAUACCGACCUGCCGUAUUCUCAUACAACCUCAUUAUAGGAGGUUCAAAAAGGACGAAUGAAGAAGGAAGCAGUCGUCUUGAAGGUGACCGCGCUCCAAUUUUAUCCCGCGAGGAACAGUGCGUCAAUACGCCGUCGAUUUCCCCAGAGAUGGCGCUCACCGAGCGACUCAUGACUACAAUGGGAUUCGGUAAUGGUAGCCGGCAGUUUGUCGCCGACGGUGAAUCAGACGUUGAAUAUGAUCGGGGGGUAGAAGGAGAUCGCGGGGAAGAUAUCGUUGAUGAUGAUGAAGAGGAGGAGGACAUCGACGAUAUUGUUAAGGAGUACAAAUCCAAGCAAAUAGGCCCAGGCUUUUCGUCGUACAGUUACAGUCACAACAAUGACGACGAAGAUCAGAAGCCCAUUCUGCCGCCUCGAAACGCGCGUUCGCAACGUCCCAGCAAUACGGCUAGUAGUGUACUUUGGCGGUGGCGAGCCGAACUCUGUUUGGCCGGCCUGCUUGCGUGCUUUAUCACACUGUCGGCUUUACUUGAAGCGCUCUCUACAAAUUAUGCCCUACAGCGUCCGGCUGUCGCUAGCGCCCUCGUGGUUGCUGCGUCAAUAACUGCCCUGUCCGCCCUUGCUUUCCUAUUUGCUCUAGCUAGACAAGAACAUCAACAGCUGCAGCACCAAUACAAACAACAACAACACGCGUUUGGAAUGCUUCAUAUGCAUCAAAGAUUAACGAAGUUCGGUAAAUUAGGUUCGAACGGAAACGGGGUCUGCUUUCGGGUGCCAAUGAGCCCCUGCCUGCCCGCCCUGGGAGCAUUUUUGAACAUCCUCGCUUUCGUUGAUUUGUUCGCGAGCAAUGUCGUAGCCACUGUUUCACUAUGGUUUGUUUCGGGUUGUUUGCUAUACGUCUUGUACGGAGCGCACCAUUCAAUGGCGCCAAAUGCACUGCCCUGCAGCAUCGUACAGCGUGAAGAACAAACACCUGCCAUCGGACCAGGCACGGAGAAGACGCCGUCCGGCAACACACGUCGUACUGAUGACGUCCGAGCAACGCUGGAACCUCUGCCAAUCUAUCCAUGGAAUGUUGCUAGAGCCGCCCUAGCAGUAGGCGCUUCAACGGCCGGUUCGUCUAUGACACGCGUCCCGCGACUCAUGAAGGUGAACCCUCAAUCCGUCGCACUGCCAGCUGAGAUGCCCGAAGACAUCGAUCGACGUCGCGGAGCGAAUCCAUUCAAUCCCGUUGAGAAUAUCAUCAUGAAGCGAUAAAAAGGCAACUACUAAACAAUAAUAACUCUAUGUUUUUUGUUUAAAUGAUGCUGAUCUAUAUACACAUACAAAUAGAUACGUUACAUUCGCACACUAAAUAACAGUGACGAAAUACUAGUAGAUGGCUAUCCUUAAGAUAAACCAACGAAAAAUAAGUAAUAAUGGCAUAACAAGGAUAAUAUAGUAGCGCGUUAACGAUAAGAAGAAGAAUACAAUUCAUUAAGCAUCUGAUUAUAUCAGGCAUAUGAUAUUAGGUGAAGUGAGGACAGAUGCGUUAUAGCGCAUACUCUGAGUGUGCGCAUGUCAAAAAAACAGGAUAGAACUGGCAGACCAAACGAGCAAAUAAUGAGGUUUCUGAUGGGAUUUCAAUGGGUGGCAGUAGAUCGUAUCGAUAACGAAGACGAAACGACGUUCAAGACGAAUACGUUUCAACAACGUUUUUGGUGGCAGUUUUAUUCGUAGACUGCAAGGAGAAGCCUCGCAGAAGAGAUAGUGACAUCGAACACAAAGCCAAGAUGUUCAACUCGUCAGAAUAAUUAUGAUAUUAUGGUGAUAAUGAAGAUAGAGCGUGAAAACGAUGAGGGAAUAAUUAAGGGUGAGCUCAUAAUAUAUAAAUGAAAAAACAUACUUAUGACAAACAGUAAUAAUACUAAAUGAUAAUAUUACAAUCAAGAGCGACGCUGCUUUUUGUUAUAGAUUUGUUGUUAGACGCAAAACAGAGACGCAUUGAACACCCACAGGUCGCGACAUUCCAGCAAAGUGGAAGUGUCUUAUUACUAUAAUUAUUACUACUAUUAAAUACAUUAUAUAUAUAUAUAUAUAGUGGUAAGUCAAAGAGCAGUUACUGCCAAUGCCGGAGCCCGUGUGAGCCGCGGCGAGCGGGAUAUACCGCUAAUGAAGAAAGAAACGAACGAUGUUAGAUCUAUACAUAUGCCAUGUGGCAGUUGAUAAUAACAAUGACUUUAACAAUUCCGACAUUGGUCGAUAGGUCGUGCCACUGGAGUGGUGGAGAACACGUCAUAGUGGCACCAUCACGUGGCGUCGUUUGUAAGCCAUUACUAUUGCUGGCGAGUUCCUCUAUUAGCGGUGACGAUGGAUAUUGUUAUAAGUAAGCUGUUAGCCUUUGUAGCGGUUAAGAGGGUAAUAGCGGUUAUGAAAUAACCACAAAGAUAAUAAAAUAGAGCUCCGGGCUAAUUAAAACGAUAUUGAAAGCAACAAAUAGUUUCAAGCCCGAUAAUGUGUCUGAACAGCUAGAACAUUUAAUGAGAAAGUAUCGCGAAUUGAGAACACUCUACAUCAACACGUAAUACAGCGGUAGUCAGGUUACGAUAAAUACAGCCACACAAUUUGCGGCCUCCGGUUCAAUAUAAUUUGCUUCCUUUUUUCAUAAUGUUCUCUAACUUGAUGACCCGUUACUUCGACAACUGUUUGCAAAUCGCCGUUGACUUCGUUCGCCUUUGAUCGUAAUUGAUGGUGUUUGUUGGUAAACAAUCUUUUCAAACAGACGUGCUAAGCAGACGAGUAAACGAAGUACCACAACAUCUAUCGUUAGGCAAAAAUCGUCUGCUACCGCGAUCUUAUCCAAGUAAACAAGCAACAUGAGCAGAAUAAUAUAAAUAAUUCUAGCAACAGUGACAAUACUGAGCAAGACACAGAAACUAACAAACGCAACGAUACAACGAGCAACUAUCAUUAUUUACCAGUUAACGAUAAUAAUAUUGUUAUUAUUCAUACUUGAACCUUAUAUGGGGCGCUAUUAAGUGUUAUUAUUAACGAUGAUUGCUAUUAUUACUAAUAAUAGUAAAUGUCGUUCGACGACGAUAAUUUAAAUACGAUUUACGAGCUAAUUAGAAUAAAAAUACUGUUCGAACCUUAUUAUGAUAACUAGAAAGGUGUUACUAUUAACACAAAUAAUCUAAUACUAAUAAUAAUUAUUAUUAUUAUCGUUAUUGUAGUCAUGUCCAAAUACUUACGCAUCUAUGCCAAAACAUCAAAUGCCGGUGCAAAAUGAGUGCUUGCGACAAAACAUAAAUAACGUGAAAGGCAUAACUGACUGAAUUAUUACAGCUGCUUCUUAAACGCGCUGCGACGCCCCCUACUCACCAAAGGACACAGGCAAACAAUACGCAGGUCACAAUUAUGUAGUGACUAUGCUAGAAAAGCUCGGUAAUAAUUAGCAGAAGAUGCUAAACUCGACCCUAGUCCAACAUGUAAUCUCUGGUUUAUGCAUGACGCGCCACCUGCUGGAAAGGAGGGGCAGAGAAUAUCGACAUGAGAUCCGACUAUGCAGUACUGGAGAAGGCGUGCUAGAAGAAGAUGCCAGAAAUAGAGUAACGCUGAAGAGGCGACAACGAUCAAUUCGUUCAUCUAAAUACCACUACUCUCCUAUAAUCACUAGUAUCAAAAAAUGUCACAUAGUAUAGUAGAUUAGAGCGCAGCGUAUAUUGCGCGAGCAAAUUCAUUCAGAACUGAGAUAGAGAAAAACGUACUGCUCGACACAUACAGCAGUUUGUAAUAAUCAAAUGGACAUAACUCCCACGUUUAGGCAAGAUUUCGGCCAGAACCUUAAGGUACCUUUCGAUUGAGCAUCUAGUCUUAGUCCUGUUUGCCGUCCCAUUGCUGACGGUACUAGUGUCGUCAGAACUCAUGUUUAGGUAUAGGCUGCCGUUAAAAGCGGACAUAACGACGCAUCUAGAAAUAUGUGUGCAUAGCGUACAAAAGAUCACAGAAGGGGUGAGCAAACCAAAACCUCUAUUAUUAAUUACCAACACAGCUUUGUUCUGCAACAUUGAUCUAUUACAAGUAUCUCAUCAUAAAAUGACGUUACCGUUAUCACAGUCGUCUGCAUUUGAAUGACGUCAUAUUUCUUCCAGACACACAGACUAAACGUGCCAUCACGUACCACGGUUCGCCAACGGUCUUGCUUGGUAGAGAACAAAGACUAACAGAGAACUGAGCAACUAAUAGAAUAGUUCCUACCGCAGAUACCAUGCAACGUGUCGUGCAGGUUAAGCUUUAAGCUCAUGGGCUUGAUUUCGACAAACAAACGACGCUCUUUUCAAAGGGAGGCGUAGAUUAACACAGUACGACAAUAUGAAGUUGAAGCUUUGGCCAAGAAAAUACACUUGCAUUGGAAGAGGAUACCGAUGCUGAAUAAAGUACGAGUGAAUUGAGAGGCAUAGUAACAUACGACGAAAGCGCAUUGGGGAAGCAAAGAAACAUUAGCACUAAACCUAUCGUGGUAACUCGAAUAAUCAUAAUAAUAACUCACGUAUGCAGAAGAUAUAUUCAACGGACGAAGUGGACACCGUUAGAUUUCCUAAUCCAUUACACUGAUACACAGACAUACACGCACACACUGUAAUAAUACAUAGUACUUGUCUAUUACAAAUUACAAAUCAAGGGAUAAAUUCAUAACAUAAUGGACAACAUAACCCCUUGCAUGCACGUAGUACUUGACUAGAUAUAUUUCCACCCGUUAGAAUUGGUUCUAGUUCUCUGAAGCGAUCAAAGCCGACAAUAACGCAAAAAGGAAAAACAGUGUUUGUAAAUUGGCGAUAAACUUCUAUCGUUAUUCACCUUCUUGGAGAUUUUUCUAAUUCGAUGCCAUCCCUCGCUGUGGGCCUGAGGGCCAGUCAGUGAUGCAUUUCAUGCUAGAUCAACGCAUACGCGGAUACCCAAGACCGUAUUACGUAUACAUGUUGCCCAGGGGAACCACAACCGUGCGGUACCACACUAUAAUUCUGACCCAGCUGAUAGCAUAUUACUAAUAGCAAGGCCAAUAAGGACGUUAGGCUAACUGUAAUCAUAUUGCAUUAUUGUAUCGGCGGGUUGGUGGGCAACUUCGCUUUUCAAUCAACGUUCCGCUGGUUGAACAUUUAUCGUUGCCUAGCACGUACAUUGCUAAGGAGAUUAUUAGAAUGCUAGGAAGUACGACCCUGCUCUGUUGCAGAAUUAACUCACUCGGACCGUGACGCGAACUACUUCGAAAAGAGUAAUAAACGUAAACGGUAAAAGCAGAUAUGUGUCAGUACGGAUUAACGCCAACAUGGGCAAGUAGAGAAGGGUGUAUCACACCAGAUAGUACAUACCUAUCCAUAUAUAUCUAUAUAAACUUAUAAUCGCAGGUAGACAUAUGAUGCAGUGAGCAAUAACUGCUACAAAUGACAAUAAUAUCGUGAACGUAAUAGUAAUUAAACGAUAAUUAGUGUGUGACGAUCGUAUCGUUAGCCAAUCAAAUAAAUUACAUUUGCAAUUCGGUAAGGCUGGUGGCGGUUUGGCCUAACACUCCACUAUUAUAUUAUAUAAUACGUGAGGACAAAGUUGUCAAAGCAGACGACCCGUGAGUACAACCCGAGGUUACUGAAUAUAACGAUGGCGACACGCGUGUUUGCUAAAAUAAGUGUUGAUUUGCACGUAUACAUCGCCUACAAACCCAACACCAAGACGAACGAUCCAUGAGGGCCGGCAGUCGAGCAGGCAGGAGAGGAAUACGCACAUGAAAAUGGCUACACAUAUGAUACCAGAUGUGUUAUUGCAGCGGACAUGAAAAUGCUGCAGACUGACUAUAUAAACGUUGUACCCCUUGGCAGCAUUUCUGUGCAAUCCUAGCCCGUUUCCCUGCAUGAUCUCCAAUGAUUAGAAAAAUUCAUGUUGGUGGACAAUGAAAUUGGCCUCUCCCUGUGGGUUUGAAUCGAUCUCUUACUGGCGUUUGUACGACACGCGUGCCUGCAGUUAGAGAAAACAAGUUAUCCGAAAAUAGUGCCGAUGUCCGUUUUCGACUUUGCUCUCGGCUUCUAGCUUCACCCUCGAGCCGAGCUUAAAUGCGGUCGAAAUUGGCCCAGUUAAGGGAUAGGUCGGCCAUGGGCGGACGCCAAAUUGACGUAUGUGCUUCAAAAGCGAGCUCUAUUGUCAGGUGGACGGACAGAUAGGCACUACCACCGUAUUAAUGCAAGCCUAAGGAAGAAAUUUAUUCGUACUUCAUACACGUACGAAUCUAAAGUACGGCAGGUAAUGAUGUUCAUCGUACACCGUACGCCCAUAAUCGUGCAUCCAAUGAUUGAAACAAAGAGAAAAUGAGCGAAAUAGACAAAACUGGCAGGCUGAAGCAUUUCCAAAGGCACGAAAAGCGGACAGUAUAUUUCAACACCGUUGCGACCCCACGCAAAUGCACACCAACACAGAUUAUUUGUACACGAUAUAUGAUCAUAAUCGCCUAAUGCCAAUAAAUACACCAGCUAAAGCGUCUGAGCGCGUAUAGGAGGAAUGCGUAAUAAUAUUCAUUGCAACUUUCGUAGGGAAUGACGCUACAAGAAGGUCGUAAUCCUAAAUAGAAAUAACGAUACGACGACCAUAAUAAUAGUAUCAUCACGGUAAACAGUGCAUCAUGGAUAGAGUAUGCUUUAUUCGAAUUAUUGUUUAAUGAUACCCGGUGAAUCAGACUGAAAAAACUCUUUUGUUCUACCAAUAGAAAUGAAAUUCCACGUAUGGGGCAUCAGUAGACGUGAGCGUUAAAGGCGCGACGAUGCCAUCACGAAUGGAUAAGAG